CACACAGUAACUAAAAGCCAAAAAAAACCCCUAGGACUUCCAGUGAAAGAAGACUGAAGUAAAGUCACCCUACUUAACUCAUUCACUGCCUAUGCCAACCCCUGAGUGCAAAUGGAUUGGACGUCUAUUGCUGUCAAAGGCACCCAAUGACAAUAGUAAUUUACCCAAGAACAUGUUUCUGAAUACAUUUUCUCCAAUUCUGGAAUGAAUGACCUUUGGAGACAUUCUAAUACAGCAGACUGAAGUGCAAAAGGUGGUCAUGACAGAUGUCCAAGUCAAGAUGGAGAAAGAUGUCGAGGUGCAUGAAAGGGCUCACACAAGUAAGUCAAUGGAGAAUGAGUUCCAGUCCCUCCCUAACACCUCAGAAGUGGAAUUCUGCACAGUGACUGGAGAAGAACUUAUUACCAACUACGACAUACUAGUACAGCUCUUUAAGCAGGAGCGCUUCCAUGCCAUGGAGAUGUGGCAGAAAGCUACACAAGAGGCUAAACAAUACCAGGAGCUCUUCCACAAAGCUUUCAAUGAUAGGCAGCAGGCAGAUGCCAUGACACAGAAGCUCAAGAAUCAACUCCAUCAAUUCACACAGCAGUCCCACAAACUCAAAGUUAUCAAUCAGGAAAUGCAAUUGACCAUCAAGCAUCUCCAAAAGACUGAGAAAGAGCAGAUUGAAGAAAUAGAGGAUCUACACCAUCAACUUAAAAAGAAUAAUUAUGAUUUAAGAGCUGCUCCAGACAAAAUGGAUGAAAUGACUGAACAACGGCAAUGUUUUGAGCAGCCGCUAAAAACAAAGGUCCUAGUAAGGGAGAACUCAGUGGAUAUGGAGAAUAAAGAUAAGGCUGUUCAACAGUUAAUUCAGGAAGCUGCUGUCCGUGCCAGGAAAGAGGUAGAUAAUGUGCGAGAGCAGUGCAACGUUCAAAUCCAUCGUAUAGUAGAGGAGCUAUCCCAUUUGCAAAUGGAGUGCUCAAUCAAAGAGUCCCAGAUUGAGAGGUGCAACAGUGAGAAAAAAGCUCUCGAGAGGGAAUUAGAUAGGGUGACAAAGUCCCGUGUAGCGCAAGACCUUGAAAAGUUCAAGGCCCUUCACCAGAGGUGUCUACAUGCAGAGAGGAUAAGGGAUGACAUGAGCGUCACUCUGAAAAGCACUGAAAGCAAAUUGAAGAAGUGUGAAAUAGACAGCAAUGAGGAACUGUCAUACAGCCGGGAAGAAAUACAACGUCUGCAGAGCAGUUUAGCCACAGCCUGGAAGGACUGUGACCAGAUCAGUGAGGACCGAUUCAAACUACAGCAGGAGAACCAACAGCUCCACAGGCAGAUGAACGAACUGAGCAAAAGUACCUUGUUAGUCCAAAAUAAGGCCAAAAAUCAAAUAUUGCGGAUGGAGCAAGAGUACAAAUUCAAAGAGAAUACAAAUCACGCACAAAUGAUAGUUUUGGAGGAGAGGCGUCGUAACCCAAAUUCUGACCGGCUCAACUUCCUGACAGCACAGCAAAAAAAUAUCAAACGCUCCAAGGAUGAAGCAACAAACUUGACAAAGGCCUUUGAAGCCAGGUUUCAACAGCUCAUGACAGAGAUGAAUCACCACAAACGGCGAUUAUACGAGAUGGAACUACAGCUCAGAAAUAACCAAGACACUAUGACUGAGUAUAUGAGCCAGCUAGAAGAGUCUGAAAAGAAGUCAGUCGGCCUCCAGAAACGAUUGACCGAUGCUGAGCAAAGGGUUACUAAUGCUACCCAUCAGCUCUCAAUUUUGGCAUCUAAGCGAAAGUCAAACGUUCAUUUCGCAAUCCCUGUCACAAUGGAUUGGACGUCUCGCCCUGUCACUGUGGCAGGAAAUGAUUCAACGAAGGCUGUAACUCGAGAAUGUGAUUGGACGUCUCGCCCUGUCACUGUGGCAGGAAAUGAUUUAACGAAGGCUGAAACUCGAAAAUGUGAAUGGCAGGAGGAAUCCGAAAGCGGAAUAGAGUGGGUAGCUAAAUCGACAGUGGAAGAGACGUCACUGAGUCAGUCUUUGGAGGCUACCCCAAACAGCUGAAUCUGCAACCGUUUUUUCCGUCAACAUUCAGCGCACAGAACCAAAGGUCCUGAGAAUCAUAUUUGCGUCUUCAUCGCUGUCACUCGGAUCUCCAUCUGUGAUCAGGACUAGAACUUUUGUAGCAUUGGAUGAAGCGCCAGCUGUUUUAUUCUGGAAGAGGUUUUUCCUGUAAAAAAACAAAACAAAAAGGUAACCUCCCAGUUUAAAUGGAUUAGAUGGACGUCUACCUCAGUGGAAUUUUUACAGUUGGAGGCACUGGCCCCUCUUCUAAUAACCCCUGAAGUUCCCCUGUUCCCAUUUUAGCGCAAGCAUGGAAAUGGGUGAAUCCUUCUUUUCUGAAGUGAGACAGAACGUUGUUUCCAGAGUAGGCCUGAACGAUAUACAGUGCUGCUCGAAAGUUUGUGAACCCCACAGCGAUGGUCAGAUUUUUUGUAAAAAUAACCUUAUUAAAUGUUAAGUUAUACCCAAAUCCACAAUACUGACAUUCCAAAUAAUGGA